AAAUAAAACCUUGAAACCUUGAAACCUUGCUCCAUAAACACAUUGUUAUAGUGUCAACUGAACCGGGUGACGUCACUCCACACCUUCUGGGACCCAGGUGAAGAUGGAGGAUGAGAUGUUUGAGCAGAUUGUGGCCGUGUUUCACAGCCUGGUGACCUGGGUGGCUGCUGGUGCCAUGGUGUUCGGGGGGGUGGUGCCCUACAUCCCGCAGUACAGAGACAUUCGCCGGACCCAGAAUGCCGAGGGCUUCUCCACAUAUGUGUGCCUGGUCUUGCUGGUGGCCAACAUCCUCAGGAUACUCUUCAGAUUUGGCCGUUACUUCGAGACGCUGCUGCUGUGGCAGAGCAUCAUCAUGAUCGCCACCAUGCUCAUCAUGCUGAACCUGUGCACCAGCGUCCGCACGGCCACUGAACUCAACACCAAGAGGCGCUCCUUCAUAGCGUCAGACAGUAAGGACGAGGAGAUCAGAAUCCCUAAGAGGCUGUUUGUGGACUUCGACUGGAGCUACUUCUGGUUGUGGAGCCGCUUUGUGGACUACAUGCAGUGCGUGCUGGCCUUCACCCUGAUGGCGGCCUACGUCACCUACCUCUUCCUGGAGUCUGCGCUGUUCGUGGAGACCCUCGGCUUCCUGGCCGUCUUCACCGAGGCGAUGCUAGGAACCCCGCAGCUCUACUGCAACUACCAGAACAAAUCCACAGAAGGCAUGAGUAUCAAGAUGGUGCUGAUGUGGACCAGCGGCGACACCUUUAAGACGGGCUACUUCCUGCUCACCCAGGCUCCGGUUCAGUUCUGGACCUGUGGCCUUCUGCAGGUCUUGGUGGACUUCACCAUCCUGUUCCAGGUGUACUACUACAGCCGCUUCCCACAGAAACCAGUAUCCCACACCGCCUCCCACACCACCAGUGCCAAAGCCCUCUGAAAAGCCCUUCUGAAGACACUCAGAAAAGACUCCAGUGACUGAGGAAGCACUUAAAGAGGUGCUGUGAACCAGUAUAAACACCCAGGAGUACCAAAGCAUCUUGAGACAAUGCAGGCUGCUCCCUCAAGUAUACAUACAGACACACACACUCACUCACACACACACACACACCCAUAAAUAAGGCAUGAACAUACACAGACAAUUGGCUGUGUUUGCAGCGAUACCCGAAGGACACUUGUUACAAACAAACUCCUUUUUAUUUAUCCUACUGACUUGUUUUCAAACAGGACAUGAUGUGUGUGUCUUGGAAUGCAGAGUUUAUCUUUGUGCAUGUAGAGACAAUAUAAGGUUCACAAUACCUGCAGAUGUAUGCACUGAAAUCUGUGCACAGCGAAACGUGGAGCAGCCACAUCAGCUGGUGAUUGUUGCAUGGACCCUCUGCCUUAAAACACACAUCCACACAUGCUGCAUUUACCAGCACUUCAACUGAAUGAAUGAAUCCAAAACAAAUCUGAAUGUACGAAAUGAUCUCCCAACACGGUGGAGAAAUGCUGGUCAGUCUAUCACUCGUUGGACAGCUGUUUGCCACGUGCUGUGACGAACACGCUCCAUCUUGUGGGAUAAAUGGGAUUGUAGGAAAGUAGAGGCAAUCAAACUUUUACCAAAAAAAGGGUUGAAGAUGCAAUGCAUUUGCUUUUUGAACCUAAACAAUGGUUAUAAACAUAAGAGGCCUUGGUGGUAAUAGAGCAUGUCUGCUUUUUAGAAGACAUGAGGGCAAUUUUUUGUCUAAAGCUGGAUAAAUCAUCAGAAUCAUGAACAGGUUGCACAGGUUGUCGAAAAGCCAAACCCAGGAUUAGUUGUCCUGAAGCCAUGGAGGACAUUUUUCAUUACACAAAAUCCCAGGAGGAGUUGAGGUGCAUUAAGACUGAACAAAGCAAGUUUGCAAGAACGUGCUAAUAAACGCGUGCUUUUGAGCUAAAUCCGGAUUAUCCCGUAGGUUUUUAAUCCACUUCAUGAAGAUAAAAGGAGAAAGAAAUUAGAUUAUAACUUGCCAAUUGUAAUUACAGCCAAAUUCCUCUUUUAGAAAACCUUUUUAUACCAUGCUACUUCUGAAUAUGUCCAGAAACAUCACUUCCAAUCAGCUGUGACUUUAUUACAAAUCCAAUAACAUCGCCAUUUUAUCACAGGACUUUCAUUUCCUGUUCGGUCGGAGGAGGAGGAGAAGAAGAGACAUAACGCGAGGAAGGGUUUUCUUUUUUUAUUAUUGUUGUUUCGUAAUCUUUCUUUGGGGAGGUGAGAAGUGCUAAACUAGGAGGUGUCAGGACUGUCAGCUCUUCGGUGAACUGUGUACCCGAGCAGACCCAAAUCUGUCCUCCUCUGCUAAGCCUCGAGACAUGGAAACUUCCCUUCUUGUUCCAGACGGAUGUGGCAGGAGGUUUUUUUAGGAUCUGUCUUUCCCCACUCUUAAAAUGUCCCCAAAAAAGGUCACAUCUUAGUUUUCUUUACACCCUUUUAGUCAUCCUAUUUAUUUUGUUGUCCCUUUUUAAAUAUAAAUCUAGUGUAUGACUGUUGUGUAUUUACAGUGGUGAGGGUGAUGGCAUUGAAUGGUUUGUUGUUUCAUUUCAUUUCAUCUUGUAUUUUGAUUUUGUCACGUGAAAGUAUUUUUUCCCAUACAAACUGCCAUGUUGUGCAUUGUCCUAUGAGUGCAACCCACUAUAAAUUGUUUAUGUACCAAAACAAAAAGGUUACCAGCAUAUAUGUUGAGCCAUGUUUUACUAUGUUACAUUUCUGUUUCUUUCUUUUAAAUUGCCAAUUUUCCAUCCCAGUAACUUGUAUGGCGUUGGCGCUCAAUAAAGAGGACAAGGAGAGAGA